AAAAUAGGUAGCCGGAUGCUUCUUAUCACACAACGAUUUGACAAGCUGCUUUUGUUUUGAUAUUUUUUACUCGUUAGUUUCGAGCAAUCUUAAACUAAUUAAUUUCGAAGCAAACUAUUUAUAGAUUUAACCACAGUUUUGUAAACUGUGUUAUUAAGUUGUUUCAUUCGCUUUUAAUGAUAUUAUUGUUUUAACAGUAGAACAUAUGUAGGUAGUUAAACAUAGCACUUGCGAGUUAUAAUUUCAGAGUUUUCCUUAAAAAUUUGUUUUAAGAAAUCUCCUGAAUAAAUUUUCAAUAUGACGACUAAAGCUGCAUAUUUAGAGCAUUAUCUUGAUAGUCUAGAGACUUUACCUGCUGAAUUGCAAAGAAAUUUUAACCUUCUGCGGGAUUUAGAUGUCAGAACAUUUGAUGAAGUUCGCUCCCUUGAUAAAGCCGCUGUUGAGUUUUUAAGUAAUAUUCAAAAUCUGUCUGAUGAGCAAAAGUCUGAAAUCACUGGUAAAAUUAGGAAACAAUUCAAGAAAGCCUUAGACUAUGGAGAUGAUAAGGUUCAGUUGGCCAUGCAAACCUAUGAAAUGGUUGAUAAACACAUUCGACGUUUAGAUGCUGAUCUUGCAAGGUUUGAGGCUGAUUUGAAGGACAAAGCAUUGAACCCCAUUGUGAAUGAGACUGAUUCUAAUACCCAUAAAAAGAAGAAUCGCAAAACCAAUGAAAAAGAAAAGAAGAAACGCCGCGGAGCAUCUGAUGAUGACGAGAUCCCUAAAUCUGUUCGCAAGAAGUUGAAACAACAAAUUAUUCAGCCAGAAAUCACAGCUCUCCCAGCUGCUCUCACCAUUACUCAUCCUUCAGAUGUCCUAGACAUGCCUGUAGAUCCCAAUGAACCUACCUAUUGCUUCUGUCACCAAGUGUCCUAUGGAGAGAUGAUUGGCUGUGAUAAUCCUGAUUGCCCAAUUGAAUGGUUCCACUUUGCUUGUGUGGGACUUACCAGCAAACCCAAAGGUAAAUGGUAUUGUUCCAAUUGCUCAUCAGAAAGAAAAAAGAAAUAGUUUUAUGGAGAAGCUCAGCCUGAAUUGUAUAUACUUCAUCCGGUUUCGCAAAAAUCAUCAAUAUAUGUGUAGUAAAAAUCAUUUUAAAUCAUCCCCUCCUUGUUCUAUAUGAUGCACAAGACAAGGGGCAAAAUAUGAAAGUUUUAGUUAUAUUGUUACAUUCUCUUUUUUAUUUUGAAAAUAAAAUUGAAACUUGUA